UGUGAUCGAACGAAUGUGCAAGUACUUACAAGUGCAAAAAUACGCUCGGAGAACGCAGUUUGAUUUGUUUUGAUAGCCGCAUAAAACACUUGAAACUCUCUGCAAAGAACCACGGCACGCACUUUACACUUGUAAAUCGCGUAAUUUAUAAAUAAAAGUGCUCGCGAAAAGAAUUGACCCUGGUCCUGGUCUAAUUUACAUAAAAUUACAUAGACACAAACGUUUCAUUGAUUGUAGGAAAUCGACUGUUUCGCCAUAUUAUGACUGCAGAUUACCAUUUAGACCAUCGACAUUACAGUGGGCCAUGUCCCAUGCUCAUGGUGUUUCAUGGCGGAAAUUGUGAGCAGAUUCUUUGGCACGGUUGGACAGUCAGCGACAUAGUAGAGUUCAUAUUUGCUACGUUAGCGAUCUUUGUGCUGGCCUUUUCUUACGAAGCACUAAAGUUCUUCAAUCAACAGCUUUUGAAAAAGAACUCCGCUAAGGAAAUGCGUGAUGCUAAAGUGUCUACGGCUGUUAAAUCGAGUUAUUCAGAGACGCCAUUGACUGGCCGUUAUCGAAAUGGAUAUAGGCAUGAAAUCAGCACUACAGCCCACUUCAUCCAUACUUUAUUGCAUACAGUACAGGUUAUGAUUUCUUAUUUACUGAUGAUGGUUUUUAUGAACUUUAACUACUGGCUGUGUUUGGCGGUGAUUUCUGGCUUGAGCCUUGGAUUUUUCGGAUUUGGCUGGCUGCGGCGCAUUAACUUUGUAACUGAAUGUUGUAAUUGAAUAAAAAUAUUUGCAUUUGCUAUCAC